CUCACUCUCUUCGAUAUUGUGCUGACUGGACAACACUCUAGCUCCCUUGGGCUUGUUUAUCGGGCAGUGACUCACCUAAAUAAGCCUGAAGAUUCAGCUAAUCGACAUUUAGCCCAUGGCCGAGCCACCAUCCAGUCGAAUAAACUCCGGGCCGAUCCGUUGACCUCAACUGCUGUAGUUUCCCUAGCUGCCUCUGUCGACUCUGGAUCAACACCGGGUGAUAUUGGGCAGGUGCAGAGUCUUAGGGACAGGAAUCAUCAUUUGUUGCCACAGCAGCAGCAACGUCAGUAUCAAGUUAAAUAUCCUGCUCAUACGUACUCUACUUCAGUCAGUGGGUCGCCUCAUAUUCUUCCUCACAGCCAAUGUCAAUAUCAGCAACUUCAUCAACCUCAGCCAGCCAGAUACUUAACCGGCAUUGCUUCAUCUUCACCUUUGCCCUCUCUAUCUGCUCUUCCUAUGGCCGGCAUCAGUGGAAAUACCAGCUCCAGUGGCCUUGGAUAUAGCCUGCUCACUGGGCCAGAGCAUACAACUUCAACGACAAUUUCAUCAUUGUCAGUUACUGCUGCCAAUACUACGACAACAACUACGAUGCUUAUGAGGAUGUCGACACCGCCCCCUUCUUCCGCCUCCUCUUCUCAUUUGCGUUCGGCUCCCAUCCCGUCACUCCCGAUGCAAUUGACUCCGGGUAGUGUUUUGCGUCGAGGUCAAGUAGCCCUUCAAGCUAAUUCUUAUGUUAGUCCUAUGACGACCACAACAGUGACUUCGGGAAGCAACUUUCUAUCGUCUCCGUCUUCGCACUCUUUGAGCCAUUCUAUUCGCGAGACUGACUGUGGCGGCCUUUAUAACGGAUUUGCAAGUGCUGGCAUCGGCCUUGACGGCAGGUAA